UCCAUGAGCACGUGAGUAAUCCCCGGCUCACGUGACGUAUUGGUUUAGUCAUGGCCGACGACUACAGGCGACAAGGUUUCGAGUUGGAGAGAAGGAUAUUCGAGUUAGACAUCAAGUGUUCAAGUCUCAGAGCUGAGAAGCAAGAUGAUGACUAUUUGCAGAAUGCAUCUUCCAUACUAGACAAGUUGAAAAGCUUUUACAGACAAGGAGGGGAGAGUAGCAACCUUUCCAAGCUCCUUCAGGAUUACACACAGGUGAUUCUAGACAUCACUUUUUAUGAGGAGAAUAAGCUGGUGGAUCAAGAAUUCCCCGAGGACUGCUCACCAUUUAAAAUCCAGCAGCUGCUGCAAGACCUGACUGAGCCAGAAGUUUUGGCUGCAAGGCUAGCUCCAGCACAAGAGGUGCAGUCUGUGUUGGGACUGGAGCUGUUAGAAUGCCUGUACUGGAGACGUGGAGCUCUGCUGUACAUGUACUGCCACACCCUUCAUCAGCGAAAACAGUGGAUCAAGAAGAAUAAGGACACAUUCCUUAAGUGUAUUCAGGAGGGCGUUCGCUACCUGAUGCGGAUGCUGCAGGUUAGAAACUCUGUGAAGCUUAACGACGGUGUGGUGCUUCAUGACAGCGCGACCGCCAACUUCCUGUCUGAAGGCAUCUUCUCAGACACACACCUGCUGACGAUGAUGUACAUCGGGGAAAUGUGCUUCUGGGCUGUCAAGUACGAAGACUGCAGUGCUGACACUAUGGAGCGCAAAGAAGAUCGCCUCCAGUUUCGGGACAUUGGCACACAGAUCCUUAAUAAAUACGUGCUUGCUUGCGAGGGGCCUCUGCAGGGCCAGGGCUGGAACACAGAGAAUGCCAAGGAAAUCCUGAGUAUUUUACAGUAAACCAAGCUGCUCUUUUGUUGAAGUUGCCCUCAGGCACAGAUCUAAGUUCAGUAUUCAAACGUGUCAAUCCCAAAUAAAAAUGAAACCCAAACCGGGUGUAAAGUUGUGGAAGGUAAAGUGGAGCAUUCGGGGAGGAGAUGAGUCUUUGGAUCCGUGUCUGCAGGCAACCCAUUUCUAUGCCAAACGGCUCAGGCCAAAGCAAUUGAAUGAGAGGUUAGAAAGUAUAAGACUAGUGUGAUGAAGAGGCUGCACAGAAGGUCGAUGAAAAAUGUUUUUGCCCCAUCUUGCUGAAGAAGCAGUUUUCUUGAUUCCAGAGUGUUGACUGGGGCGCUUGUUUUGCUCUAAGAAUGUGUUAUAAUAUAACAUUAAAAUGACUAUAAAGAGGUUAUUAAUGAAAAUAAUUGACUUUUUGUUCUGUUUUGUUUUUAAGAUUGUUACAAGUUUAAAGAUAAUCCAGCUGGAGACAAGACAUUGCACAGUAACAUUUUAUUUAUUGUUGCCAUUUUGGUAUGCUUUUAAUAUAUUAAAAUAGCAUAUACAUUAUAUAAUUAUCUGUGUAUGAAUUACAUGCACAAGGCAAAGGAAGGUGACGAAGACCUAUUUGACAAUGAUGUAUUCAUGACCAAUUUCAAACAUGUAAUGAAACACUUUUAAUUUCCAUCUAUUGCAAGUUUAUUUUUCUUUCUGCCACUUUGGUAACAUUGAUAGUGUAACUAUUAAUUGAAAAUCUGUGUUGUUUGGACAAAAAAAAUCUCUUUUUUUAUG